AGUAAAUGAAAGAAGUUGUAUCAUUUUCAUCAAUCCUCGGUCUAAUAGAACUCCUCAUUCUUAAAUCUUAAAACUCCCAUUUCCAAAUCAAAAUCACAUCAAGCUGUUGCAGUUUGACCUCACAAGUUGAUCACAAAUGAAUUGAAGAACAAGAAACUUCUAACCCUUAAUUUGGCUUUCUAAAGAAUUAAUUAAUAAUUUAUACUUCUCCCAAUCCAACAAGCAGCAUUGAGAUGUUGCUUUGGAGGAAAUGCUUCCAACUAAUACCUUCCCCCACAAUGAUGCCAUUACAGAUCACAGAACUUGACCCAAAUCCAGAUCCACCGCUAACCCAAUGUUUUUUCUUUGAAACUUCCAUCCUAUAAUAAUUCAAAAAACAUUGUUAUUUAGUUUUUGAGAAAUUACCAUAAAGAAAUAUACUCCGUAUAAUCUUAUGGGAAAAAAACAUCAUCGGUUCAUCUCCCCUGUAAUUAUCUCAUUUGUGGUCACCCUUGGCCUCGUCUCCUUCACGCUCUGCAUCGUUGCUGAAUUUAAGAAAUCAAAGAAAGAGGAUCUCCGGCUGGCGGGGGAGUUCUGUUACUUGCCCAGAAGCUUGGCUUGCGGUCUAGCAAUUGCUGCUUUGGUCUGCUUCACCGGCGCUCAGGUCAUCGGAAGCGUGUUAGUGGUUGGCCGGAGUUUCAUGUCCGGCGAGCGUCAUAAGCCGAUGGUUGUAAUAUUCUCACUGGUGUUAUCAUGAUGGAGGCGCGAGAGAGAAGUCCAAUCUUGGUGUGUAAUUCUUGAAAAUGUCGGCAAGGGAGUGGUUUAGUGAGAGUCUGCCAGUUGAUAUUCGGAUCGAACAUAAGUAACACGAAGAAUCCCAUUUUGGACAUGCUCACGAGUCACGAAUGAAAUGGUACUCCAAAGCAAGGUGCGUCAUUCUAGAGUGGAAAACGUGAUUAACACUGAGAUGAGUGGCACCAACAUUAAUUAUCACAACUAGAUUUUCACCCGUGCGAUGCACGGGCAUAUAUUAUGUAAAAUCUAUAUAUCUUUAUUUGUUUAUAUUGUUAAUUGAUGUAUAAAUGUGUGGAAUUAGAGGCGUAAUAUACAUAAUAAACUAUAGUUAAGGAAAAGAUAGUUAAGACUCAUGCAUUUGUAGUAAGUAUGUUUUGAAAUAAGUAAAAAUAAACAAAUAUUAUCAUAUGAUUUUUACAAUCUAUAUUUUUCGAAACACUUCCUUGUAAACAACAUUUGUAAUAUGGUCGGUUUGUUCACCAUCUUCAGCACAAAUCAAUAUUUCAAACUCUAUUGUUAAUCUUGAUACGGCAACAUAAAGUUGGCCAUGCGAAAAAUAUUGACUUUUUGAAUAACAAUCCUAUAUGGGACAAACAUUGGUCUUAACUCUUAAAAAAGUUUAUUUAAAUCAAUAAUAAUUAAUAUUUUGGAUUAUUUAUAAAUUAAAUGAUGUCCG